GCGCGCCCCGGAGGGCCGUGACCGUUUCGAUUUCUGUUCCCAAGUCUCGGUUCAAGCCGCGAAGAGGAGGCUGCGGAGAGCGCGAGCAGAGAGCGCCGAGAAGCAAGGCCUGCUCUGCCGGGGAGCAGAAACGCCUUGUGAGAACCAGAAAUAAAUUCCCGCGGAAAGGAUCACUUUCAUUUGGACCCCUGGAUGCCCAUUGAACAGAUGCUUGAUAAUCUUCAGAUCAUAGCAGAACCAUAACGCCUGUCCUUUGUGUGGGGAGAAGACAGCCCAUGUUCUGUGGAAAUGAACGGGGAGCAGCAGCUUGAUGCAGAUGCUGGAUCUGGUGUGGAAGAAGUGGAAUUAAGCUGGGAAGAUUAUCUAGAAGAGACAGGAUCCACUGCAGUUCCCUAUGGAUCUUUUAAACAUGUGGACACACGUUUGCAAAAUGGAUUUGCUCCUGGGAUGAAACUGGAAGUGGCUGUGAAAACAGACCCUGAAACCUACUGGGUUGCCACCAUCAUCACCACCUGUGAGCAGUUGCUGCUCCUUCGCUAUGAUGGCUAUGGCGAGGACCGGAGGGCCGACUUCUGGUGUGACAUCAGGAAGGCUGACCUUUACCCCAUUGGGUGGUGUGAGCAGAAUAAGAAGACUCUUGAAGCCCCAGAAGGCAUCAGAGAUAAAGUGUCUGAUUGGAACGAGUUUCUACGGCAGACCCUUAUGGGAGCAUGUAGCCCUCCUGUUCCGCUGCUAGAAGGCCUCCGCAAUGGGAGGAAUCCUUUAGAUCUCAUUGCUCCAGGCUCCAGGCUAGAAUGUCAAGCUUUCCGUGACUCGUUAAGCACUUGGAUUGUUACUGUAGUAGAAAACAUUGGGGGAAGGCUGAAGCUGCGUUAUGAAGGACUUGCAAGUUCUGACAGUUUUGAGCUUUGGUUGUAUUACUUGGAUCCGUUUCUUCAUCACGUUGGUUGGGCUGCUCAGCAUGGAUAUGAACUGCAGCCCCCAUUAGCCAUCCGGCAUCUGAAAACUGAAGCUGAGUGGCAAGAGAUCUUGGCCAAAGUGAAAGAGGAGGAGGAAGAGCCAUUGCCAUCCUACUUAUUUAAGGACAAACAAGUGAUUAGCACUCACUCAUUCUUUGUAAAUAUGAAGUUAGAAGCUGUGGACCCCUGGUCUCCUUUUGGGAUCUCUCCUGCUACAGUUGUUAAGGUUUUUGAUGAGAAGUACUUUCUGGUAGAAAUGGAUGAUUUGCGACCAGAGAAUCAUGCACGACGAUGUUUUGUGUGUCAUGCCGACAGUCCUGGUAUUUUCCCUGUGCAGUGGAGUCUAAAGAAUGGUUUACACAUCAGCCCCCCUCCUGGCUACCCGGGCCAGGACUUUGAUUGGGCCGACUACCUCAAACAGUGUGGUGCUGAAGCUGCUCCCCAGAGGUGCUUCCCUCCGUCCAUUUCUGAGCAUGAAUUUAAGGAGAAUAUGAAGCUUGAAGCAGUGAACCCUCUUCUCCCUGAAGAAGUGUGUGUUGCCACUAUUACUGCAGUGAGAGGCUCCUACCUGUGGCUCCAGCUGGAGGGUUCAAAGAAGCCCAUACCUGAAUGUAUUGUGAGUGUGGAAUCCAUGGAUAUAUUUCCUUUGGGCUGGUGUGAAACCAAUGGCCAUCCCCUCAGUGCCCCUCGCCGAGCACGAGUACACAAACAGAGGAAAAUUGCAGUGGUUCAACCAGAAAAACAAAUACCAUCCUCCAGGACUGUCCAUGAGGGCCUGAAGAAUCAGGAGCUGAACUCCACAGACUCAGUUAUGAUUAAUGGAAAAUAUUGCUGUCCAAAGAUAUACUUCAACCACCGUUGCUUCUCAGGGCCAUAUCUUAACAAAGGAAGAAUCGCUGAGCUGCCUCAGUGUGUAGGACCUGGGAACUGUGUUCUGGUCCUCAGAGAGGUCCUCACUUUACUUAUCAAUGCAGCCUAUAAACCCAGUCGUGUCCUUCGAGAGUUGCAGCUGGACAAAGACUCCGUAUGGCAUGGAUGUGGGGAGGUCCUAAAAGCCAAAUACAAAGGAAAGAGUUACCGGGCUACUGUUGAAGUAGUGAAGACAGCAGAUCGGGUGACUGAGUUCUGCCGGCAAACCUGCAUCAAGCUGGAGUGCUGUCCGAAUCUCUUCGGCCCACGGAUGGUUCUGGACAAAUGUUCUGAGAACUGCUCUGUGCUUACAAAGACCAAAUAUACACACUAUUACGGAAAGAAGAAAAAUAAAAGAAUUGGGAGGCCACCUGGUGGGCAUAGCAACUUAGCAUGUGCCCUGAAAAAAGCCAGUAAGAGGAGGAAGAGGCGGAAAAAUGUUUUUGUCCAUAAGAAGAAACGCUCCUCUGCAUCUGUUGAUAACACCCCAGCAGGCUCGCCCCAGGGAAGUGGAGGUGAAGAUGAGGAGGACCCAGAUGAAGGAGAUGACGAUUCCCUCAGUGAGGGCAGUACAUCUGAGCAACAGGACGAGCUACAGGAAGAGUCAGAAAUGUCAGAGAAGAAGUCAUGCUCUUCCUCACCUACCCAAAGUGAGAUCUCUGCAUCACUGCCUCCAGACAGACAACGGAGAAAAAGAGAGCUUCGCACUUUCUCAUUUUCUGAUGAUGAGAAUAAACCUCCUUCACCAAAGGAAAUAAGAAUUGAAGUUGCUGAGAGGCUUCACCUGGACAGUAACCCCUUGAAGUGGAGUGUGGCAGAUGUUGUCCGGUUCAUCAGAUCCACUGACUGUGCGCCUUUAGCGAGAAUAUUUCUAGACCAGGAAAUUGACGGGCAGGCCCUGUUGCUCCUUACCCUUCCCACUGUUCAAGAGUGCAUGGACUUAAAAUUGGGCCCUGCCAUCAAACUCUGCCACCACAUAGAGAGAAUCAAGUUUGCUUUCUAUGAGCAGUUUGCCAACUGAGAAGGACAACCAAAGUGAGCUGUGUCUUUGAAGCACAAAUGCAGCAAAUCCUUCUCCCCGCUCUACCAGUGGAGCUGAAACAGCCCUGGGGCUCUGGGCCCAACAGAGGUCGGCUUGCUCUCUUUGCACUUUCAGGGAAGGAGGACCCACACUGAGGAAGCAAAAACUACACAGAAGUGGCUCUUCUGCCAGUGGAAAUGUGGGCAUCUCUUGGUCAGCAGAUUGCAGUUAAAAAAAAAAUAAAGGUUGUGAAGAAAAGACUCCUGUAAGAAGAAUAAGCAUUUCUAGUGGUGUGGCCUGAAAACGAAGAAUAAUCUAGGCUGCUGGAAAGCACCCUUAUGGUUGUUUCCUUUCUGUUCUGUUCCUUCCCAUUGUAGAUUGAACUUUGUUCUCUACUUUCUCUUUCUUGGAAAGAGAGGACAUAGCUUUAAGUCAGCACUGAUUUGGGACUGUGCCUAAGGCAUAUCAGUGCUUCAUUGUCAUUGUGUUUUUAAGCUUUUUUAAAUUAAAACAGUUCAUUUUGGGGAUGAU